CAGCCCUCGGCUCGCAAGGUGAUCCAUGGCUCGUUCUUGUUCUUCUGUUCACGGAAAUCGGUAGCCUGCUGCCUCUCUGAAACUUGACUACAUGUUUACAGGGAAAUCAGAGAUAUAUCCCCAUUUCUCCGAUGAGAUGGUGAGAAAGAACUGCUGUUUGUGCCUCGGUUUGGUUGUGAUCUUGACUAUCCUCAACGUGCAGGCUUUUGCUGUGACAGACCCUCUCGACGUCAGAGCACUCCACGAUCUAUAUGGGUCCCUAAAUUACCCAUCGCAGCUGAAAGGAUGGAGAUCGGAUGGUGGGGAUCCGUGCGUGGAGCCAUGGACUGGAGUUGCAUGUUCGGGAUCUUCCGUGCAAUACCUUAAACUUGAUGGCCUGAACUUGAGCGGUGUUCUAGGUGCCGAGCUUUAUAACCUCCGGAGCCUGAGGCUACUGGACGUGAGCUCUAAUGGCAUAUGGGGAGAAAUUCCUCAGAAUUUACCUCCGAACGUCACUCUCUUAAACUUGGCUUGUAACCAUUUGGUCGAGAGCAUUCCUCACUCAUUAGGUUCCCUGAAAAAUUUGAGGCAUCUGAACUUGAGCCACAAUACGCUAUCAGGACCCAUUGGAAAUGUCUUCACGGGGCUGCAAAAUCUGAAAACUAUGGAUCUAUCAUAUAAUAACUUCACUGGGGACCUCCCGAGUUCAUUCGAGUCUCUCAUAAAUCUUGCUGGACUGUUCCUCCAGAAUAACCAGUUUACUGGAGCAGUGACUUUAUUAGCUGACCUCCCCCUGACCGACCUGAACAUUCAAGAUAACCAGUUCAGUGGCGUUAUUCCAAAGAGCUUCCAGAAUAUCCAAAAUCUGUGGUUUGGCAGUAACCAUUUCCAUGCAGCCGGCUCUCCGAUGUGGGAUUUCCCACCGAGUUUGCCCAUUAAAAGGAAUAUAAGUAGCCCCCCGACGAGUCAAUCAACUGCUAUUGGAAACUAUCCCUCGCCUAAGGCCCGUAGGCCCAGGAAGAAAAAGAUGGGUCCUGGGGGAAUCGCCUGCAUUGUCGGCGGAGUAACCUUAGCUGUGAGCUGUGCAGCGUUUCUGAUCGCAAUCCGUAUCCAUCGAACUCGGGCCAUGAAGCCUAAGGGCUUUGGAAGCAGCAGCAGCAGCAGCAGCGGAAGCUCCAUUGAGUCCCAAUCAGAAGGAACAGGAAGAGGAGAAGGGAGCCCAGGUGUCCUGCCCAUCAUAUCUCCUGAUGUUUCUGCCAGUGCAACGUUCUACACGAGAAAGAGCUUCUCCAGAGAGGGUAAAUUCCCACCAUGCGCGAAGCUCUUUACAUUGGAGCAACUUCAGUACGCCACAAAUGGCUUCAGUGAAGAAAGAAUCAUUGGUGAAGGAUCUCUGGGAUCUGUGUACAAAGCUUAUUUUCCGGACGGGAGAAUUCUAGCUGUGAAGGUCAUGAAAAUGGCAUCUUUAUCCUUCAAAGAAGAGGAGCAAGUCUUGGACGUGAUUUUCAUGGCAUACAAACUGAGGCAUCCAAACAUUGUGCAACUUGUUGGGUAUUCUAUAGAGCAUGGACAACAUAUCCUAGUCUAUGAAUACAUCAGGAGCUUGUCCCUCGAGGAUGCACUGCACAGCGGAAUUUACAGGCCUCUUCCGUGGAGUUUGCGUUUUCAAAUCGCACUUGGAGUUGCUCAGGCACUAGAGUACAUGCACUCGAAAGUCUCACCUCCUAUUGCUCACAACAAUAUAAAGGCAGGGAAUAUCUUGCUUGAUGGAGAGCUCAGGCCCCUUGUUUGUGAUUCCGGGCUUGCUGUUCUGAGACCGCUUACAAGUAACAGUGCCAAGCUCAAGGCAUCUGAGAUGGCCAUUGGAGAUUCAGGCUACAUUGCACCAGAAGAUGGGCAACCGGGGAUUGAAAAGACGAAGAGCGAUGUUUAUGCCUUUGGAGUGCUGCUCUUGGAGCUGCUUACUGGGACAAGACCCUUCGACAUUUCAACGCCGAGGGAAGAGAACUCUCUGGUGAAAUGGGCUUCGUCCCGGCUUCAUGACCUUGAAUAUCUGGAACAGAUGGUUGAUCUCGGGAUUAAAGGGACAAUCAACUUGAGGGUGCUCUCGCGCAUAGCUGAUAUCAUCUCACGUUGUUUACAGCCUGACUACGGAUUCCGACCGCCUAUGUCUGAUGUGGUGGAAUCGCUAGUAUGCCUUCAGCAGAAGCUCAACAAGGCUGAAGAUGGCAAUGAACGUGAACUACAAGACAAGUCUUUCAGGUCAACGUAUACCCGCUUCUUUGGCUCACCCACAAGCCAUUUCUCGACCGAGCUUUGAGUGGUGUGACUAAAACUAGCUGCUUCUGUUGUCAAUCAACUUCAUGGUGCUCUGUUGCGGUUCUUUUGCCGAAAUCAGUUUUGAGAUUUUCUGUGAAGACAACUCUGAUGAAGAAAGCACUCAUGAGUCUGCUAGUCUCAUUCAUGUCCUACAUCAUUAAAAGUGAGGUUUCAU